AUGAACACCAACCACAACGCCCACAUAAUCACCCACCUCGAGCACCACCUCUCCGUCCUCGCCUACAAGAUCAAGUUCUGCGCAACUCAAAGCAACAUCACCCUCCUCGUGUUGCACCUCGACGACGAGCGCAACCCCUACAGCACCUUUAUGGGCUUGCAGGAGCGGUUAUUGGACAACUUCAUAGACUACCGCUCCUAUGCUGGCCUCCAGGAAAGGCUGCAAUCUGGCCACCUGUCCGCCAGGGAGACUAGUGAACUGCAAGCAAUUCAAAGAGAGCAGGAGCAGCUCAGGGAGGAGGAGAGGGAGAUCCCUAGGUGGAUUAUAAGGAACUGUGAGUGGUAUAUAGGACAGAGAGAAGCGUUAGAGAGGUAUAGGGGGGUGCUUAAGAGUGAGUAUAUGGAGAUUCAGGCUGCGUUGGAGGAGGAGUCGAGGUUGAAUGCUUGA